AUGAUGAUAAUUUUCUGAAUAUUUACGCCAAAAAUUAAUGCACAUAAAAACUUAAAAUGGGUGAUAGUGAAGAUACGAGUAUACAUCUUUUAGAAGGUACAAUUGGUAAAGAAAUGCAUGGUGGCUUGAUUUUAAAGAAAACAAGCAGUUCGGACGAUAAUAAUAAAUUUAAAAUACCGAAACCCUCAAUAUUGGGUUUAGAUAAGUUGGCAGCCCAAAAACGCAAAGAACGUGAAGACAGUCAACGUUUAAUUUCUUUUAAAGCCGGUGAAGGUGAUGAAGGUAUUGACGGUGAUAACGUCGCAAAGGAUAAUGCUUUAACAACAGCGAGAGCGAGUGAGUUCGCUUUUAAAAAGCCAGAUACACAGAGUUUUCAAAAAAUUAGCCGUCAGUUACGAAUUCAUAAAGAUGAAACACCUUCGCAUACAGGUGGUGUUUCUGAGAAAGCGAGAGAAAGGCUGAGGGAACAUUUAAAACGGGAUCGUAGCAAGGGUGUACACUACUCGACAAAAGAUUAUGCUAAAAAUCUUGAUAGAGAUCGUGAACGUAGCAAACCAUCGAGUUCAUUCACGCGUCAUCGCGAUAAAGAUCGUGGUAAAGAGAAAGAUCGCGAACGCCGUCGUGAACGUGAGCGGCGUCGGGAUCGCGAGCGUAGUAAAUCGAAUUCGAAUAGUGAUCGUGAUCGCAAUCGUAAAGAUCGCAAAGACUACAGCGACCGUGAUAGAAGUUCGACAUCGAUUUUUCGAACACCUCGAUUUAAAGACGAGCCACGCACUCCGGCGUUAAUAUCUGUAGCAGGGAGCGCUUGGGAUGAUGAUGAGUCUGGUGAGAGGCCUAUAAGAAAUUCGUCUUGGGAUUUUCCCACACCGAAAACGUUUUCAAAUUCAGAAAAAGGUGAUUGGUCGGUUCGCAGCGGCGCAAGCAGUAGCGGCGUCGGUUCAGACACCUCUAGUCAUAGUCGGUCGAGACGGGAACGUUAUCAUGAAGACGACACACCUCGACCCACACCAGCUCAUAAAUAUAACGCUUGGGCCAAUGAUCGAAAGCGCUCUGGAGCUACACCAGCAACGGGCCGUAGCCAACGGCAGCCUUGGGGCGAAAGCGAAGAGGACCGUGGGUUAUGGGAGGAAGAACAACGUAGACUCGAUCGGGAAUGGUAUAAUAUUGACGAAGGUUACGAUGAUGAAAAUAAUCCGUUUUCAGGAGCUAAUGCCGAAUACUUUAGAAAACGUGAAGAACUGCUGGAACAAAAGCGUACGAAGCGAAUUAGUGCUCAGCAGCGUCAAAAUAACAAAGAUAAUGAACUUUGGGAACGAAAUCGUAUGCUUACAUCUGGCGUGGUCAUGUCAAUCAAUGUCAACGACGAUUUUGAUGAAGAAGCCUUAGAACGUGUCCAUUUACUGGUGCAUCAUAUUAUACCACCAUUUUUAGAUGGACGCAUUGUCUUUACAAAACAGCCGGAGCCCGUGAUACCGGUUAAGGAUAAAACUUCAGAUAUGGCUUUAAUUGCACGCAAAGGUAGUCCAUUGGUGCGUGUCUAUCGUGAACAAAAGGAGCGCCGUAAAGCACAAAAGAAACAUUGGGAACUAAGUGGCACUAAAUUAGGGAACAUAAUGGGAAUUGAAAAGAAAGCAGAUGAAGAGGAUUCGAAAUUUGAUAAAGAGACAGAUACGACCGAUUAUCGACGUGAUCAGAAAUUUGCUGACCAUAUGCGCAAUCAAGAUUCGAGCGUAGGAAAAAGUGAAUUUUCGCGUAAGAAAUCUAUUGCCGAACAGAGACGUUAUUUGCCGGUAUUUGCCGCCCGCCAAGAAUUGCUCAAUAUUAUACGGGAGAAUUCAGUUAUUAUUAUUGUGGGUGAGACCGGUAGCGGUAAGACCACGCAACUUACCCAGUAUUUACACGAGGAUAAGUACAGUAAUUUCGGAAUGAUAGGUUGUACGCAACCAAGACGCGUUGCAGCUAUGUCAGUAGCAAAACGGGUGUCUGAUGAAAUGGGUACAAGAUUGGGUGAGGAAGUUGGUUAUGCCAUACGUUUUGAGGAUUGUACAUCAGAGAAGACAGUCAUAAAGUAUAUGACUGAUGGCAUUUUAUUGCGAGAAAGCCUACGUGAUCCCGAUUUAGACGGCUAUUCGGCUAUUAUCAUGGAUGAAGCUCACGAACGUUCUUUGUCUACAGAUGUUUUGUUUGGUUUGCUGCGUGAGAUUGUAGCGCGCCGUCGAGAUUUGAAAUUAAUUGUGACUUCAGCCACUAUGGAUUCGAGUAAAUUUGCUACAUUUUUUGGAAACGUUCCCACGUUUGAAAUACCUGGCCGUACCUUUCCUGUAGACAUUAUGUUUAGCAAAAACACUUGCGAGGAUUAUGUAGAGGCUGCUGUAAAGCAGGCCCUGCAAGUUCAUUUAACUCCGAACGACGGUGACAUAUUAAUUUUUAUGCCUGGGCAAGAGGAUAUCGAAGUGACUUGUGCUGUUUUGGAUGAACGUUUAACAGAGAUAGACAACGCUCCUAGUCUAUCCAUUUUACCAAUCUAUUCACAGUUGCCUUCUGAUCUGCAGGCAAAAAUUUUUCAAAAAUCGCCUGAAGGCUUAAGAAAAUGUGUGGUGGCGACAAAUAUAGCUGAAACUUCUUUAACUGUAGACGGCAUAAUUUAUGUUAUCGAUUCCGGUUAUUGUAAACUUAAAGUGUAUAAUCCACGUAUUGGUAUGGAUGCUCUGCAAAUCUAUCCUAUAUCACAGGCGAACGCUAAUCAACGUUCCGGCCGAGCAGGUCGAACUGGUCCAGGUCAAGCAUUUCGCUUGUAUACUCAACGUCAAUAUAAAGAUGAAUUAUUACCGUUAACCGUACCGGAAAUACAGCGUACCAACUUAGCCAAUACGGUAUUGUUACUGAAAUCUUUGGGCGUAGUUGAUUUGCUGCAAUUUCAUUUUAUGGACCCACCGCCACAGGAUAAUAUAUUAAAUUCGCUAUAUCAGUUAUGGAUUUUGGGCGCCCUCGAUCAUACUGGAGCGUUGACACCCUUGGGCAGGCAAAUGGCUGAAUUUCCUUUAGAUCCACCGCAAUGUCAAAUGUUAAUUGUAUCCUGCCAAAUGGAAUGCAGUGCCGAAGUCUUAAUUAUAGUGUCUAUGUUAUCAGUACCUUCAAUAUUUUAUCGACCUAAGGGCCGGGAAGAAGAAGCGGAUGGCGUCCGUGAAAAAUUUCAAGUGCCUGAAUCCGAUCACUUAACUUAUCUUCAUGUUUAUUUGCAAUGGAAGCAAAACAAUUACAGUUCCAAUUGGUGCAAUGAACACUUUAUUCACGUGAAAGCUAUGCGCAAGGUGCGUGAAGUACGCCAGCAGCUUAAAGAUAUUCUAGUGCAGCAGAAACUAAUUGUGAAAUCAUGCGGCAAUGAUUGGGACAUUGUGCGUAAAUGCAUCUGUUCCGCUUAUUUUUACCAAGCCGCCCGUCUUAAGGGUAUAGGAGAAUACGUUAAUUUACGUACUGGUAUGCCCUGUCAUCUGCAUCCUACAUCUGCAUUGUAUGGAAUGGGUACCACACCGGACUACGUGGUAUAUCACGAAUUAGUUAUGACAGCUAAAGAAUAUAUGCAGUGUGCAACAGCGGUUGAUGGCUAUUGGUUGGCUGAAUUAGGACCCAUGUUCUUCUCAGUUAAAGAAACCGGCCGCAGUGGCCGUGAGAAGAAAAAACAGGCAGCGGAACAUUUGAAAGAGAUGGAAACGCAAAUGCAAUUAGCUCAGGAGCAAAUGGAAGAACAAAAGCUAAGAGUAGCUCAACGAGAGGAACAAUUAGCCAACAAGCAAGAGAUUAUCACGCCAGGAGCAACACCACGUCGUACUCCAGCUAGAAUCGGAUUGUAACCUAUAAGUUUUCAUACAAUUUCUUUUGGUGAUCCUUUUAUGUAAUCAACAAAUUUCAUUUGCUAGUUAAAUAAAAAUUUAAAUACAAUUCCGUUUAUGCAUGUAGUUAACAUUUUCGAAUGUAAAAAAAAAA